AUGAUAGAUAAAAGAAAACUGAAAUAUUCGUUGAAUCAUAUAAUCGACGAGAACUUCAAGGAAGACGAGGGCUUCAAUGCUCUGCCCUUAUAUUUUGGACUUUUAAUUAUCAUUGUUUUGGUAAUAAUAAUGUAUUUCAUACUUCAAUUGCGAAUCAAACAUAACGUGAAAUCGGCCGCAAAUCUCAAGUCAAGUCAACAGACCUUCAAAUAUCCGGUCAAUUAUCAUAACAUUUAUAAUAAUAGUAAAGGAUUUUAUUCGCAAAACGCAAAGCACUAUAAUUUUAAUCAAUUCGUCAAAACAAGUAAAGCGUCCGUCGAUUGCGAGAAACUCAAUGAAAAAGCAACCAAUUGUUUAAUCGUCAAACGAUAUAACGAAUUGAAUACUUCUGUUCGAAGAGCUUUCGAAAUAAAUCUAAACAAUAAAACCAAGAGUUGGAAGUCUUUGGCCAAAGAAUUAGGCUAUACGGACGCAAGUAUAUCAAUAUUUGAGUCGUUGGGUCGACAGCGUAUGAAUUGUGUUCAAUAUUUUCUCACCGAUUGGAGUAAAUACGAGGACUCGACCAUCAAUUCACUCAUUAAAGCGCUUCACAAAAUCGGACGAAUAGAUUGUAUUAUAAUUAUUGACCCGUCGUUUAGGGUCAGCCCUUAUUAGCCGC